CACUGCAACGGCUGUGCGCUGCUGCGGCACGGUAGAGUACGACUAGGAUCGGACAAUAAGAACGCUCGAGGCGCCAAUGGGGUCGUCCCCUACCUCCUCUCCCUCUCCCUCUCCCUCUCUCUCCUCGGAAGCGUCGCGGAGCUUCGGGAGGCGGAGACCACGCCCUCCUCCUCCUCCUCGUCCUCCGCUUCGGCUCCUUCACUCUCUUCGCGGCCGCGGCGAGUGAUCGAGGGCCGCGGCGGUGGCGGUGGCGGUGGCGGUGGCGGUGGUGGUGGAGGUGAUCGGAGGCGUACUCCGCCGCGGGGGAUGGCGACGGGGCCGCGAGGGGCGGCGGUGGAGCCGCCUAGCCCUAAGUCGCCGCCCAAGUACCCGGACUUCUGCGGACGGAGGAGGCUGCAGCUGGAGGUGCAGAUCCUGAAUCGGGAGAUCGGAUUCCUCGAGGACGAGUUACAGUCGCUUGACGGAAUUCAGCCUGUUUCCAAAUGUUGCAAAGAGGUCAAUGAGUUUGUGGGAACGAAACCAGAUCCACUUAUACCAAUAAAUAAGAAGAGACGCAGAUCUUGUCGUCUAUUGAGAUGGAUUGGAUCAAAACUCUGCUUCAACCUCUCAUGGUUCUGCUGUUGCCCUAGUCUGUGCUUGUUUAAGGUCGAACUACCGAGCUGCAGCUGUCCACGCCCGAAGAACUGCUGCACCCACUGCGAAUGUAGAUGCCCUAAUUACAGCUGCUGCACGCUCUCCUGCUGUCAACCGAGUUGCAGUUGCCCAAAGAUCCCUUCUUGCAAACCUUGUUGCAAACCCCAUUGCGGUUGGCCGCCGAUCCCUUCUUGCAAACCCCACUGCACUUGCCCUGAGAUCUCCUGCUGCAAACCGAGUUGCAGCCCUAAUUGCAGUACGUGCUGCGAGCCAUGCCACAGUUGCGCAGAGUGUUCCUGCUGUAUGCACAGUUGCACGGAGUGUUCGUGCUGUCAGUGUACUAAGUGCUGUAGUUGGAGGUUUCCCUGUUUCAGGCCUUGGUCUCGUUGUUGCUCAGAUAUCAGUUGUUGCCCCAAGAGUACAUGCUGCAGAUCCUGUUGCCCUAUUCCGACCCCCUCGUGUCCCGAGAUCUCUUGUGCUUGUGUUUGGUCGUGCCCGAGAUGUACAGAGGAUUGCCUUUGCGCGAGAUGCGGUAAACCAUGCUGUGUAAGUGGAUGUUUAUGCUAGAUUAGGGACUAGAUUGCGACUUUGUUCUCCUUAUUUUGGUCUCCAUGCUGUUGAUUAGUAGAAAAUUAAGACAUAGUAUCCAGUGUAUAAAAUUUUUGUUGACUAUGCAGUCUGAUUUGUUUUGGUUUAUUAUAUUAAUUUGUUGUUGGAUACAGCAGAAAAUUUAUAUUCAUGUUACACAGCAAUAGCUGUCUCAGUA